GUGAAAUGUGAUAAACAAACUGCGCGUGCUCUUCGGCUAGCUUCUAUCGCUAAAUUAAUGCUAAUAUUUGUGCGGAUUAAAACAUUUCAAAAUAAAAACAGUUUGCCUGGACAGAUAACAAGAAUCUGACAAAAUGGGGGACGACACUCCCGAGAGGGAAAUGAAGGAUUUUCAGUUCCGUCAGAUGAAGAAAAUCCGCGUUUUCGACUCCCCUGACGUUUUGCCCACGGAGCGCUCAAGUCUUCUCGCCAUCUCCAACAAGUUCGGGCUGACGUUCGCCGGACGGGACAAGACGCUCAAGGUGUUCGUGACGGAUGACAUCAUCGCCGCAGGGAGGGUCAGCGGGAACACCAACGAGAUCGUGGAGGGCGUGACGUGCCAGACGGUGACCCUUGACCUCCCCAUGCACCACCUGGCCCUCAGCAGCGACGAGCUCACCCUGUCGGUGUGCGGCACUAACGAGGAAACCCCUCUCACGCUAGACUUCUACGACGUCCGCACCUUUUUUAACAAGACGAGACAGGACAAGCGUCCAUUCGCGUCUUUUAGAGCGGGUUCUGAACCAAACAUGUUGGUCCAGGAUCUGAAGUGGAGUCCAACGGAGGCAUUCCGACUCGCGGUGUGUCUCUCGGACGGGACCAUGAUGGUGGUGGACGUGGCGGAGAAAGUGGUACCGGUGGGGCAGCUUCCUGCGUCUGUUGGCAUCACCUGCGUCUGCUGGAGUCCUAAAGGGAAGCAGAUUGCUGCAGGGAAACAGAAUGCCACAGUAGUUCAGUACACUCCCGUCCUGCAGGAGAAGAAAGUGAUCCCCUGUCCGAGUUUCUACACGGCCGACAAUCCAGUUAAAGUGCUGGACGUGUUGUGGUUAAGCACGUACAACUUCGCCGUGGCGUACGCAGCAGCCGACGGCUCUCCUGAGACCCCGCCUGAGCUUGUGAUGGUGUCCCUUCCUAAGAAAGACGAGAAGAAAGAAGACAAGUUCGUGAACUUCAGCGACAUCGUGUUCGGGUCAUGCACCGAGAGACAGCAUCACUACUUCCUUAACCACGUAGAGGACUGGGAUUUGAUCCUCGCCGCUUCAGCUGCCUCCAUCGAAGUCAGCAUUAUCGCCAAACAAGAGGACAAGACAAACUGGGAGCUGUGGAUGCUGGAGGACGCGAGCCGAGGCGAACUUCCUGUCACUUUGAACAACGAUGACACGUUUCCUGUUGGAUUGGGCAUCGACUUCACCAACCAGGCCGAGAUACAUAUAUCCGAUGAGAAGAAGCUCCCACCCGCUCCCACGCUGCUGAUCCUCUCUACUGACGGAGUGCUGUGUCCUUUCUCUCUGAUUAACCUGAACCCAGGCAUCAAGCAGCUCGUCAUGGCCGCAGACUGUCUGCCUCAGAGCGGAGAGAGAGCUCCGUUACAGAAGUCCGCUCCUUCAAUUUCAGUCCCUGCUGCACCCAAACCUCCACCUUCCGUCUUCGCACCAUUUCAGACAUCCUCCAUCACACCUGCCUCCACUUCUGCAGCUCAAGCAGCUCCAUCCUCCACAGGUCUCUCCUUCAGUCUUCCCUCCAGCUCUUCCUCUCUUUUCUCCUUCACUCCCUCAUCUUCCAGCGCCUCCAUCGUUCCCUCUGCGGCAGGGUUCUCCUUCACCGCACCGAAACCUCCAGGCAAGGACCCCUCUUUUCCCGCGUUCUCCUUCGGGCCGGUCCUCGGCGCGCAACUUCUGACGGAUUGCACGCGCGCGCCAGGGCAGGUUGCCAAGGCUACAGAAUCUCCUAUCAUUCUGCCGAAGGCUUCGGCUGAGCCGGCCACGCCCAACGUCCGAGUCAAUCUCAGCGACAGUCCAACAUGGCCAACAGACGCAGCACGUUUUGGGUUUUCAGCAGCGGACACUCCCGCUCCACCCGCUCCAUCCACCCAGCCGUUCUCCUUCACCUCCACUCCCAAACCUGCCGCCGCUCCAGACACGAGCGCUCAGCCCAAACCCUCCGUGUUCCCCAUCAGCAAACCUCCUGCAGCCCCCGCAGUGACCCGCCCUGCUCCUGCUCAGACCAGCGCUCCAUCUGCUGCAGUGCAGAAACCUGCUCCAGCUGCAGCUGCUCCACCCCCCACCCCUUCAACACAGCUUUCUUCUGUGAAAUCUGUGGAGAAACAGCUUCAGCAGGUCAAAGACUUGGAUCCUGUGAUGGUGGGAAUCCAGGAAGAGAUCGCUCAUUUCAAGAAGGAGAUGGACGAGCUGAAGGCGCGCGUCAGGGGUUCGGAUUUCCGUGUAGGGAGCUCGGACGAGAUGAAGGAGCUACGCAAGGAGAGCGAAGACCUGCACAGGUUCACACUGGAGAUGAAAGAGACCACGGAGUCCAUGCACGGUGACAUCAGCACACUGAAGACUACGCUGCUGGAGGGCUUCGCCGGAGCUGAAGAAGCUCGAGCUCAGAAAGAACUCAGUCGAGAUAAAGGCUACCUCCAGCUGCUCUACAAGAAACCUCUGGACCCGCGCAGUGAGAACCAGCUCAAGGAGAUCCGCAGGCUGUACCAGUACGUGAAGUUUGCAGUGGAGGAUGUUAACGACGUGUUGGAUGUGGAGUGGGAAAAACAUCUGGAGAAGAAGAGAAAACAGAGACUCAUGAUAGUGCCUGAGCGAGAGGCUCUUUACACGGCUCUGGCCAACAACAUGCACAUCAUCAACCAGCAGAAACAGAAGCUGGAGCACCUGGUGAGGAACCUGCAGACCCUGAGACUCUACAACAAAACGUCCAGCCAGCUCGAGUCCUCCUCACCAUCACCGUCACCUUCAUCGUCCUCACAGGGGCUGGAUAGUGAGCUGGAGAGUCUAAAAAACGCCUUGUUAAAGGCAUGUCUGGAUACAACACACAAAGGUCCUUCAAAAUCUCCAUCUAAGAUGACUCCGGUGAAGCAGUCUCAGCUGAGGAACUUCCUUUCCAAACGUCAGACUCCACCUGUACGAUCCACAGCUCCAGCCAACCUGUCCAAAUCAGCUUUCCUUUCUCCUAAAUACUUUGAGGAUCUGGACGACGACGUGAGCUCCACCUCGUCCCUGUAUCAGUCUCAGGAGUAUGACGAACCGCCGUCUGUGCGUGAGGAACCCGAGCUGCCUCAGCCCACCCUGGCCCCUCCGCGCCACCCCGCCGUAGUGCGCACUACUUCCAUCCAGCCUCAGGCCGUCAUCCGCUCCACAGCGCUGUUUAGCGAAGUACCGCCGUGGACAGCGAUGGCCAUCAGUGCUCGCGAAGCUCCCAAGAUAAACUUGGACAGCGCUGACAGCACGGCGCUUGCCACCAAGACGGUGACGCACGGACCUCCUCCCGCAGUAAAGACCACGCCUCUUGAGAAGGCCACGCCCACAGCUCUAGCCCCGGCCCAGGCUGCUGCAAGAGCCGCUUUAAACCGACAACUGAACAGCCAAAAACCAAUGCCGGGUCUGACCGAGCUGACGCUGAAGAACGUGCCUCAGGUGGUGAACGUUCAGGAGCUGAAGGAUAACGGAGCUAUCAGACCCAUUCUCACUGACACCAGCUCCUCCAUGUCGUCGUCUCCUGCAGAUCAAACCUUUCAGCAGAUUGCGGCGACCGCCGAGGCCAAAAAAAAUUCUUUACAUCAGAAUUCUACACAGACUGCAGUGAAGAUUCAACUCCCGGUCACAGAGAGCGCUCCGACCCCGCCCAGCUUUGUGUUCGAUCAGCUACCCAAACACGACGCUGCUCCUCCGUUUAGUUUGACUUCGCCUCUCGAGCUGCAGAGCAACAAAGGAUCAUCUUCAGAAUUCCAGUUCAGCCUGAGCACUUUGUCAUCUCAAGCUCAAGAAGCGAGCGCUUCUCCAAGUGUACCGCCGUCUGAGAAAAUCCUGCAGAAACCGGCCGCUACUGCACUGAGCUCGAAGGUCGAACCGAGCAAAAGCUCCGCGGUUCCCCCGUUCCAGGUUCCCAGAGCUCAGGAAGAGACUCUCGGGCCGUUCUCCGAGCUCAGGGUCGGCCCAGCGGCUGACCUUAAAGAAACCCCUAAACCCAGUGCGCCCUUCACCUUCAAGCCAAAUGGAAGCGCAGGUACCGCAGCGUCGUUCACAUUCAGAAAUGCCGCAAAACCCGCCGUCGCUGAGCGGGACUGGGACCCGCCCAGCGCUGCGGCAGACACGCCCAAAACCGCAGUCGUUUUUAAACCUCCCGAGAGCGCAGCGUCCUCGCUGAGCAGCAAAACCUUCUCGUUCACACCCGCCUCGUCCGCCCCCAUCUCGUCCUUCAGCUCCCUGCUCUCGGCUUCACUCCCUCAAGAAACGCCCUCCGCACCAGAGAAAGCUCCCGAACCCGAACCUUCUCCUCCCCCACCUGAGUCGACCUCCACCGCAACGCGCGAAGAGCCUCCUUUAGAACCGAGUCCCGAACCCUCCGCUCUGUCUACGUCCUCGCCGUCCCCAGCGUCCAUCACAGAAGAACCUUCAGCUUCCCAGCCUAAGCUGGAAGAGCCCGAAAACCCAUCGACCCGAACCGCGCCUGUUCCCGAGGCCACGCCCACACCUACAGCCACACCUACACCGCUCCCUGCUGAGACGGUGCCUGUUACUGCCUCGAAACCAGUCCAGGAGACGACUCCCGUCACGACGGCCAGCUCCGCUCCUGUAGAGCAACAACAACAACAACCACCACUAGCACCACCACCGGUACCAGCGGCAGAACCCGCAGCUCCAGCGGUGCCAGCUCCGCCCUCCACCACUACGCCCGGCUCCAUCUUCACCCAGCCAGCAGUCAGCUCAAACAGUACGACGCUGUCUGUCACCAGCUUCACUCCGGUCAUCAGUACAGCAGGCGUCAGCACGUCUGCUCCAACUCAGACUUCAGUGUUUGCUCAGCCCGUCAGUACCUCCUCCACCACCUCCAUGUUCGGAUCUGCAGGGUUCGGCGUCCCUUCCACCACCUCCAGUUUUGGAAAACCGGUUUUCGCACAGUCGUCGUCUUUCGGAUUCAACCCAGCCGGCGGGUUCACGUUCGGUCAGCUUGGCGGCAGCCCCGGGUUCGGACAGACGGCUCCGGUCAGCUCGGCUCCUGCUUCGGUGUCCAGCAGCGCAGCGGUAAAUGGAGGAGGAGGAGGAGGAGGGGGGCUGUUUGGUUCGGCCAGCUCUACCAGCGCCAGCUCCUUCUCGUUCGUGCCGAGCAGUACCAACUCUGGGGCGAACACCGGGACGAGCAUCUUCGGACAGGGCGGCGGCGCUCCUGCGUUCGGGCAGAGUGGGAGCACACCGGGGUUCGGACAGACAUCGUUAUUCGGCAGUAACACGGCAACGACGACGUCGGCUUCAGGUUUUAACUUCGGACAGCCGUCUGCGCCGUUCGGCAGCACAUCGUCUACGUCUGUGUUUGGUCAGCAGCCGAGCAACAACAGCGUCUUCGGCCAGCCAUCGUCCGGCGGAAGUUUGUUCGGCUCCGCCGCCCCCAGUUCCUCCAGCUCCUCAGGCGGAGGAUUCUUCAGUGGUUUGGGAGGCAAGCCGAGCGAAGACGCCGCCAACAAAAACCCGUUUGGAACCACAAGCACCGGCGGGUUCGGACAAGCUAAUCAGACAGGUGGUAAUCUGUUUGGAAACAGCGGGGCGAAGGCGUUCGGGUUUGGGGGAGCGGCGUUUGGAGACCAGAAGGCCAGCGGGACAUUCAGUACUGGAGCAGGUUCUGUGGCGACUCAGGGGUUCGGAUCGUUCUCCACGCCUGCUAAAUCAGGCGGGUUCGGCAGCCCCCCAGUGUUCGGGAGCCCCCCUGCGUUCGGAGGAUCCCCGGCGUUCGGAGGACAGGCCACGUUCGGCUCGAAUCCGGCCUUCCCCAAUCCUUUGGGCAGCGGCGCAGCCAAAGUGUUCGGAGAGGGAACGUCUGCGGCCAGCGUCGGGGGGUUCGGCUUCGCGUCCCCCCCCAGCGGCCCCUCCUUCGGCAGUAUGGCUAAUCAAAACAGCACGCCGACUUUUGGCGGUUUGGCUCAGCAGGGUCCGGGAUUCGGCAGCCAGAGCGCCGGGUUCUCAGGCUUCGGUUCUUCCGGAGGUUUCGGGGGCUUCGGGAACACGAAUAACAAUCAGUCGUCUUCUCAGACGUUUGGCGGCUGGAGAAGUUAGCUGCUGGAAGCCUCUGCUGUUCUGACGCUCUGCAACUAGAUUAGAUUUUUAUAUAUUUUUUUUGCAACAGGGAUCUCUGUGCACAUCAAAGUUUACAGAAAUGCUCUAAAGCCAAAUCGACUUUGACAAGUUUCACAGUCUGAAGUGCUCACCAUCGCCGUACCAGACGCUCCACCACAGCUCACUGCUCAAAGCACAACACCGUCACAUGACUUUCUCCACUCGAUGCGUAAUAUCAGCUGAAAACACCUUCAACCAACAACAGCCUGCAUUAAAACUAUGAGUGUUUAAUGUUACAGUUAAACAGGCCAACAAACACCAUGGUUUUCUAUCAGGUCACCUUCAUUCUUCAUUCAGAAACUUUAAUGAGUAAUCUACACGUACCAAGAUUCUGCAAUAAAGCACAGUGAAACACCAACAAUGGCUAAAAACUCUCAUUCCUUAUAGAAAAAAAAAACUUUUUUAAAAUAAAAACUAUUUAAACGCCAUAAAUACAGUCGAAAGCCAAUGUUUACGACCACUUUUUUUCCAUUAAACCAACAUCAAGCACCAACAAUGGCAAACAAUAUUGUUCUGGAAUUUUAAAAAGUUUAGUUAAAGUUAAUUUCAAAUUUUUAAAACAUUAACCUUCUUCACAAGAAUAAAGCAGUAUUCUUUAUUAACGGGCGAUUAACACCUGAUAUUUUCAGUUUAAACACCUUUGAUAGCCAACAAUAAUUGUUAAAAUACCUUUAAUAUAUAUAAGUUCUUCUUUGAACCUGAUAUGACACAGCAGUAAUAUUUACCUUUUAAAGUCCACCAGACAUCAUAAUUCUACCUUAACACACUUUGUGUAGCUUCUACAUCUCUACUGUAUAUCCUUUCCACAUUUUUAAUUAAUAGGAAUAAUGGAAAAAAACAAUUACAUCUCAGUGCUUUAUGGUCAGUUCUGCUGUGUGUGUGUGAGAGAGAGAGAGUGUGUGUGUGUGGGUGUGAGAGAGAGAGAGCUGUAUGAGGUUUCCAGAGAAUUAGACUUAACGACGUCAGAGACGUUUCUCGCUUCCUCAUGACGCUAAAACCAUGUUACAGUUUUAAAACCAUGUUUGCGAGGCGCCUUUUUUUUUUAUACUUUGCAUGAGUUCUGAAUAAAUGAUGGAUUUAAUUUAAAGUGGAACGUCCAUCCUGCGACAUGUUGAUAAGACUUGCUUCAAAUAAAAUAUGAUAAAAGAAAUGUGCUGUUUCUUAUUUUCCAUUUUUACCCUGUAUGAAUACGGUUUAAAAGGAGGGGAAAAGAAUGAGCUAGAAAUUCUCAUUAUCCUUUGCUAAUGAUUUUUAUUCUAAAGAAAUGUGUGAGUAACUGGAUUGUUUUAUAAUUUGUGUAUUUAGGCCCAAGUUUAAACAAGGAGAAGGUUGGGUCCUUUAGAGUUAUAAAAUAUUAACUGAUUGGCCUGUAACUGAUUGUGAAUAAUGCUGAUUUUGUGUAAUUUCAGUUAAAAAGCAUUUUAUAAACUUCCAUCAAGUAAACUAAAA